GGAGCCCGUCACCUCCCCCCGUGCAAAAGGCUGGCCGGCCCAUUGUCCAUUUUUCCUAGGACCGCCUCCCCCACUCUUCGUGCUUCCGCCGGGCUGGUAGCUGUUCCGUGGUGCCGGGUCCGGGUGCAGCGCUGGCGGCGGGCAGGAUGGGCUGCGAGCGGCCGGGAGCUAUGGGGCUGGGGCUGGGGCUGGGGCUGCUGCUGCUGGCGCUGGCCGGGGCGCGGGCGCAGUACGAGCGCUACAGCUUCAAGAGCUUUCCCCGGGACGAGCUGAUGCCGCUGGAGUCCGCCUAUCGCUACGGCCUGGACCAGUACAGCAGCGAGAACUGGCCCGAGAGCGUCAGCUACCUGGAGGUGAGCAUGCGGCUGCACCGCCUGCUGCGGGACAGCGAGGCCUUCUGCCACCUCAACUGCAGCGCUGCCCGUCUGCCGCCGCGCGGCUCCCCGGCCCGCUUCGCCGGCUUCCCGGAGCUGCGCCUCUUCGCGGACGUGCUGCUGCGGGCGCAGUGUCUCAAGCGCUGCAAGCAGGGGCUGCCCGCCUUCCGCCAGUCCCAGCCCAGCCGCGAGGUGCUCGACGAGUUCCAGAGGCGAGAGCCCUACAAGUUCCUGCAGUACGCCUACUACAAGGCUAAUAACUUUCCAAAAGCCAUUGCAGCAGCUCAUACGUUUCUGCUGAAGCACCCAAAUGACGAGAUGAUGCAGAGGAAUAUGGCUUAUUACAAGAGCAUGCCUGAUGCCGAGGAGUAUAUUAAAGACUUGGAGACAAAACCAUAUGAGACUCUCUUUGUCAGGGCUGUGAGGGCAUACAAUGGGGAUAACUGGAGGACCUCCAUCUCCGAUAUGGAGCUGGCACUUCCUGAUUUCUUCAAAGCCUAUGAUGACUGCCUUGCAGCCUGUGAAGGUUCCCGGGAGAUCAAAGAUUUUAAAGAUUUUUAUCUUUCAAUAGCAGAUCACUACAUUGAAGUCCUUGAAUGCAAGCUGCAGUGUGAAAUCAACCUGACGCCGGUCAUAGGAGGCUUUGUUGUGGAGAAGUUUGUGGCAACCAUGUACCAUUACUUACAGUUUGCCUAUUAUAAAUUGAAUGACAUGAAGAAUGCAGCCCCUUGUGUUGCUAGCUACAUGCUCUUUGACCAGAAAGAUGAAGUGAUGAAACAGAACAUGGUCUAUUAUCAGUACCAUAAAGACAAAUGGGGACUCACAGAGAAGGAUUUCCAGCCCAGACCAGAAGCAGUUCGAUAUUAUAACAUAACCACACUUCAGACGGAAAUGUAUGAAUUUGCAAAGCGGCAUAUAAUGGAUGAUGAUGAGGGUGAAGUUGUGGAAUUCCUUGAUGAACUUCUUGAAGUGGAUGAAAACAGUGAAUCCUGAUGAACAAAAACAAGGCAUAGUUUAAAAAAAAAAUAAAGACCCACUGUUGUGCCUUCAUAUCAUCAUUUAUAGCUCAGGUUAGAGAUACUUCAAGCUGUGCCUUUAACCUCAGGCCUUGGCUACACUGGCGCUUUACAGUGCUACAACUUUCUAGCUCAGGGGUGUGAAAAAAAACACCCCCCUGAGCACUGCAAGAUACAGCGCUGUAAAGCACCAGUGUAAACAGUGCCACAGCGCUGGGAGCACGGCUCCCAGCGCUGCAAGCUAAUCCCCAUAAGAAGGUGGAGUACGUGCAGCGCUGGGAGAGCUCUCUCCCAGCGCUGGCGCUGCGACCACACUCACACUUCAAAGUGUUGCCGCGGCAGCGCUCCCGCAGCAGCGCUUUGAAGUUUCAAGUGUUGCCAAGCCCUCAGUCAAAUGUCAUGAAUCUUUCCUGUGCGAUCACUGCCACACUGCACUGAUCUUUUCAUGAGUGUGGUUUCUCACUGUAUGCUCUCAAAGUUGAGCCAUAUGGGGUAUAAUCUUGUUUGAUUUCUUUAAAAUGGUACUUUAGAAAAAGAAAGUUAUUCAGUUGCUCUCACUUGUCACUGAGACUCCUUCAGUCUGCUCAGCUAAAUUGUAAUAGCUUGGCUAAAUUCUGAAGAAGUUUUGCCAGAAUAUGGACCAAGUAAUUGAAUAGGGCAUACCAACUCUCCAGAUUUUUUGAGGCAUGUAAUGGUAUUUUGUAUGUGGAUUUCCCAUGAUGAGUAGCAAACUUGCACUAAAUUUCAGUGCAUCAAAAGAUGCUAAUGCAUCAAACAAACUGCCCCAUAAUUUAGAUUGUAAACUUUUUGGGCAAAGGCUCUCCUUUUGUUCCGUUUAUACAAUCCCUAGUAGAGUGGGGUCCUGAUCCAUGGCUGGCGUUCCCAGGCAUUAUGGUAAUAAUAAAAAAAAACUGAAAUGUGCUUUAACUGACUUAGCUAGUUAGAGACAAGGUGGGUGAAGUAGUAUUUUGAUUUUAUUUUAAUAAAAUAUAUUACCUCACCCACCUUGUCUGCAAUAUACUGGGACUCACAGGGCUACAACUACACUGACUUAACUAAUGACCUUUUAAAAACUGCUCUGAGAAGUUCCUUCUGUCAGCAGUUUUGUUCUGUCUUGAAAAUUGCACAAGGUUCAAUGGCAUGAAGCAGGAGAUCAGUCAGGAUUAAUGCAGUAAGUAGUUAAAUUUCUCUCUCUCAGUUUUUGCUCCUUUAGGGCCCAAUCCUGCAUACCUCUUCUCUCACAAGUAGUUCUUGUCCAUGUGAGUAGUAGUGUGAGUAAGAGCUAAUCAGGUAAAAAGUAUGGUUUGUGUAUUCUCUCAUCUAGAUAAGGGUUUUCAGGACAAUCUGCAUAUUUUCGUGCCCAAAAGGAAGUAGAGAUAAAACUAUCUGUUUGAAGAACCAUUUAUCUUAAUAAAGAGCAAACUUGAGAAGUAAUCAUAAUCUCUGUACCCAUUGUUUAAUGGUAGAUGGGAUGUGAUCAUAAAGAAUACAUCUAUACCAACUUUUGACCAUAGAUGGAAGAACUAUUUGGGAUGAUCUUUUUUCACUAGUGUAUUUUCCUUGUUAUUUUUGUGUAUUUUCCUUGUUAUGUCAUAUGAUCCUGCCCUAUAAACAAAUAUUUUGAAGACCAUGAAAAAUAUUGUAUUUAAAGAUAAUAGGUGAAAUCCUGGCCCCAUUGAAGUCAAUGGCAAAAGUCCUAUUGACUUCAGUGAAGCCAGGAUAUCAGGUCUUUCUUUAAGAGCUAGAACCUGCAAGUGCUUGAGAUCUACUCACUUUAGUGGGAGGCAAGGGCAUUCAGCCCCUUUCAUGGCUGGGCCCUAACUCGGCUAUGGAGUUCCAGUAUGUGCAAAUAAAUUUGGAGAAGCAUAGUCAGUAAAAAUAACUUGAACCCUGCUAUUUUGCCUACACAUUUACCAGCUAUACACUAGCUCCAAGAUGUAUCAGAGAAUAAGAAAGGAAAUCCACAGUUGAGGAGUCAUUUUUAGGUUGUCUUGAAAUCCCUAGUCAUAAAAAAACAAAAACAACAAAACCCCAAAUCCUUAAAAUAUGUACAGAGAUGUACAGAGUCAGAUUCUGUCUGCUGUUUCUCUUUCUUUACUACCAGAACAUUUAGUUUGCUGCAAGCUGGGGAGUGAAUCCUCAUACUAAUCUGCUGCAGGUAAAUUGUCAUUUGGACCCUGCUGAUCUGCAUUAACAGUUAGUUAAUGCACUUUGAUGUAGUCUCAUUUCAAAGAGGACCAGAUCAAAGUGGAUCAGCAGGGUCCACAGGAACAGUUAGUUCACAGCAGGCUGGCGUAGUAGAUUCAUACCCCAGUUGGCUGCUAAAUGUUCUUGGAAACAAUCCCUUAAUCUCAAUUUAAUCCAUUGACUUCAAUGGAUUAAAUUCUCUUUUGUGUUAUAUAGUUGUAUAACCAGCGUAAUAUCCCCAUUAAUUUCAGUGCAGCUACCACUGUAAUGAGAGCAGAAUUUGGCCCACGCUCUGCCUUGGUGCUUUAGGAUAUGUGGCAUGUUGUUAUGCUUCACAGCAUUAGGGUUUAUUUAUUGUAUGUUUAUGCAUGAAUUUAACUCUGCUUUUAAAAUGUGUAGCAGUUUAUUAUAAACUAGUUUUCAUUCCAUACUAAAAUAUACCCGUCAUCGUGGUAUAUGAGUGCCUGUACCCUACUGGGAUAUUUUAUCUCCUAGAGAAUUUAUGUAUGCUUAGUACAAGAGAUCAGGAGAGGCUGCUACGCUGGAGUUAUCUCCUAUCCCCUGGCUCUCAAAGAUAUGUAUGGAAGGACAGUUUCCAACCUCUCCUAUCAGAAACUUGACAUCCAAGGUUAAGUCAUCUGCCCAAAUGUCUUCUCCUCAAUGAGAUUCUCAGCCUCUCCUUCAGAAAUCACAUGUGAGUGAUAUGGGGCUGUUCUGGGAAAGAUACUUCUAUGCAUGUUGUCUUGUUCUUGUUAAUUAUGUUUUCAAUUCUUCUGCCCCUGUUGUUGUAUCUUUUCGUAAACCUACAUUGUGAGGUCAGUGGAGCAUGGACGGUCUUCCUGUUACUUGUUUGUAUGGUGCCUGGCACAAUGAGCCUUAAUCUUUGAGUGGAGCCUGUAGGUGCUACUGUAAUACAAAAAUAAAUAAAUAAAGUGCCUUAAAGACCUCUUCA